CGGAACUACAGUGUCGUUAGAACGACGUCAACGUUGAGUCGCUGAUGCAGAUGUCAACUAUUUGCACGAUAGCUGAUUUGAUAUUCAUAGCGAAAUUACUCACAAUUUAGACACAUACCUAGCUAUCUAGGUAGUGCUCCACAUAUUCCCCUUUCCGAUCUAUGGAGUUUUUGCAGUUUCUAUCAUGGGCGUGCAUCGUAUUUACAGUCGGGAUGUUCUCGACUGGACUGACGGACCUGAAGAAGAUGAGAGCUUCCAAAAGUGCAGAUAACGUCCAGUUCCUCCCCUUCCUCACCACAUGCCUCAAUAACCUGGGCUGGCUGUAUUAUGGGAUACUGAAGACGGAUGGGACUCUGGUCCUGGUUAACACCAUAGGAGCCUGUCUACAGUCCCUCUACAUCCUCUGCUACUGCCGCUACACCAAUGACAAGAGGCGAGUGACCUCUCAGACGUUACUAGCAGGAGGAGUGGUCUGUGGAGGCUGGCUGUACUUCAGUGUUGUCCUGCCUCAGGGAGAGUCUCAGCUGGCCCAGCUAGGUCUCACCUGCAGCCUGUUCACUAUCAGCAUGUACCUGAGUCCACUCGCUGACCUGAUGGAGAUAGUGCGUACUGGUAGUGUGGAGCGUUUGUCCUUCUCUUUGACUGUAGCUACCUUCCUCACCUCAACAUCCUGGACGCUCUAUGGACUACAGCUGCAAGACUACUAUAUCAUGGUUCCAAACACGCCAGGCAUUGUGACCAGUCUCAUCCGGUUCUUCCUGUUCUGGAGAUUUGCAUCUGUCAAUCAAGGCGUGCCAUCCUAUAAGCUCAUCGAAAUCUAAGUGGCUGGAGACUCACACCAAUGGUUACAAGGGAGAGAGAUAACAGGCUUCUUGACCCUAUCAGGGUCAGGCUGUCAAUCACUGAUAUUGUUACUCAUAUUGUAAAUGAUUCAUGAUCACUCCUACCCACCAAGGGUUUAAGAAGACUUUCUCAAGGCAGAAGCUGUCCCUAAUCACAGAUCUAGGAUCAGAGUACCCUAGCAAUGGGGAAUGAAAAAUUAUGAAUAAAUAUCUGACCCUGCAUCAGUGGUUAGGGGCAUCUUCCUCAUCCUUCUCCUUCCACCACUUCCUUUUUGUGCCUUCUGUACUAGUCUGGGACAUCAUUACUGAGAACUCAACCAUGGGCGGGACAGUCCUGCCCUGUCAAUCACAGUAGUCUCUGUUAUCCAGUGGAAGGUUUUUUGCUCCGCAUCAAUGCGCUGCUAUUGGUUGAAUCGCUCUAACUAACAGGGCAGGAUGAUCCCGCCUCUCGUGGGGUUUGAGACCCCCUCACCUUUAUAGUUGACUUGUCUGUCCUCAUCACUAUGGUACCCUGUGAACUAGGGGUGAACAACUGUUCCUGGUAGCCACAGUAUCUGCUGGGUUGUUGUCCUUCUCUUUUAACUAGACUGAUGUACAGUGCAUUUGGAAAGUUUUCAGACUCCUUGAGUUUUUCCACAUUUUGUUACGUUACAGCCUUAUUCUAAAAUGUAUUAAAUUGUUUAUUUUCCUUAUCAAUCUACACACAAUACCCCAUAAUAACAAAGCAAAGAGUUUUCAUUUUUGUACAUUUAUUAAAAAAAAAUGGAAAUAUUACAUUUACAUAAGUAUUCAGACCCUUGACUCAGUACUUUGUUGAAGCACCUUUGGCAGCGAUUACAGCCUCAAGUCUUCUUGGGUAUGACGCUACGAGCUUGGCACACCUGUAUUUGGGGAGUUUCUCCCAUUCUUCUCUGCAGAUCUUCUCAAACUCUGUCAGGUUGGAUGGGAACGUUGCUACACAACUACUUUCAGGUCUCUCUGGAGAUGUUAGAUCGGGUUCAAGUCCAGAGACUCGAAGCCACUCCUGCCUUGUCUUGACUGCGUGCUUAGGGUCAUUAUCCUGUUGGGAGGUGAACCUUUGCCUCAGACUGAGGUCCUGAGCACUCUGGUACAGGUGGUACAUGCUUCACCGUAGGGAUGGUGCCAGGUUUCAUCCAGAUAUGAUGCUGCCACCACCAUGCUACACCGUAGGGAUGGUGCCAGGUUUCAUCCGGAUAUGAUGCUUGGCAUUCAGGCCAGGAGUGGCUUCUGUCUAGCCACUCUACCAUAAAGGACUGAUUAGUGGAGUGCUGCAGAGAUGGUUGUCCUUCUGGAAGUUUCUCCCAUCUCCACAGAGGAGCUCUGUCAGUGUUCUUGGUCACCUCCCUGACCAAGGCCCUUCUCCCCCGAUAGCUCAAUUUGGCCGGGCGCAACUCUAGGAAGAGUCUUGAUGGUUCCAAACUUCUUCCCUUUAAGAAUGAUGGAGGCCACUGUGUUCUUGGACCUUCAAUGCUGCAGAAAUGUUUUGGUACAUUUCCUCAGAUCUGUUCCUCUUCACAAUCCUGUCUCGGAGCUCUAUGGACAAUUCCUUCGACCUCAUGUCUUGUUUUUUGCUCUGACAUGCACUGUCAACUGUGGGACCUUAAAUAGACAGGUGUGUGCAUUUCCAAAUUAUGGCCAAUCAAUUGAAUUUACCGCAGAUGGACUCCCAAGUUGUAGAAACAUCUCAAGGAUGGAAACUGGAUCAAUGGAAACAGGAUGCACCUGAGCUCAAUUUCGAGUGUCAUCGCAAAGGGUCUGAAUACUUAUGUAAAUAAAGACAUUUCUGCAAAUCUAUAAAAAUAAAAAUAAAUGUAUCUAAACCUGUUUUCACUCUGUCAUCAUGGGCUUUUGUUUAAGCUUGGUGAGGAUUAUUAUUUAUUUUUAAAAUCCAUUUUAGAAUGAGGCUGAAUAAUACUUUCUGAAAGCACUGAAUACCUGGAUAACCAGACGUCUAAGGUCACCUGGAUAACCAGACGUCUAAGGUCACCUGGAUAACCAGACGUCUAAGGUCACCUGGAUAACCAGACGUCUAAGGUCACCUGGAUAACCAGACGUCUAAGGUCACCUGGAUAACCAGACGUCUAAGGUCACCUGGAUAACCAGACGUCUAAGGUCACCUGGAUAACCAGGCGUCUAAGGUCACCUGGAUAACCAGACGUCUAAGGUCACCUGGGUAACCAGACAUCUAAGGUCACCUGGAUAACCAGACGUCUAAGGUCACCUGGAUAACCAGACGUCUAAGGUCUCGACUCGCUAGUUAAUCAGUUAUAUGAAUGGAUCAGUUAAGUACCACGGAGAGAUGAAGUGGCAGGACUGUGUAGUACUAGUUGUAGCUGGGGUGUAGAGCCCUCAGUUGUCCAUCCCUACUAGGGUUGCAAAACUCCAGGAACUUGUUUUUCCAGACAUCCUGGUUGGAGGAUUCACAGAAUCUGAAGGGAAUAAGAAGGAAAUCUGGAGCCCUCCAACCAGGAUUUCUGGAAAACCAGGGAAUUUAUUGAAAGUUCCUGGAGUUUUGCAGCCCUUUCCCUACUCUAAGCAGACAUGGCAUGUACUCUACAUCAUCGGUACUUGGUCUCUAAAUCCAUGAACUGAGGGAAGACUAAGAAGUCCAUUCAUAUUGUGUUUCAUACACAAUGUUUUAUUUGGGUCGUAUGUCUUCGUGUGCAUGUGCACGUUGGGUUUGUAUUUGGGUCGUAUGUCUUCGUGUGCAUGUGCACGUUGGGUUUUUAUUGGUUUACGUUUGUCCAAACUAAAUAUACUGUAAGUAUAUUGUCUGUGCUCUUGUUGUUGAUGCAUUGGAUUGUGUAUAGGGUAUUGUACAUAUGCUAUUUUAAUGGGAUAUUAUCACUCUGGAAAUAAGGGAAUUGGGGCUUUGCUGCUUCUUCAGACUGAUUUGAAUAAAUGUUUUAUACUGUUUAA